AUGCGGGUUCUGAGGAGCCCGUCACCCCCGCGCUUCCUGGGCAAGACGUCCGUACGCGAUGUCAGCGUCGUGCCGGCGACGCGGGACGACGACGUUGGCGAUGUCUCAAGCGGGAGCAUCACCGUCCACGGAGUCUUUCUCGGGGUGGCGGUCGAUGCGAAGCCGAGAGAACAGCCGCUGGGUGUGAUGAUGAGAAACGGGGAGGAGAUCACGUUCGGUUUCGACCGCCCGCUGGGGCUCACGAGCGCGACGGACAGAUACUCUUGCUGGGUUGCGAGUGUCCUUCCGGGCCAGGCUUCCCGCAGGCGGAAGUCGGAGACGCACUGUCUGAUCGUGCUCCGUGGUAAGCCUGGGGGCCCCGAGCAUGUGUGGGAGUGUGUCGGGUUUGUCGACUAUGAGGCUGUGCUGAAUAGCACCUGCAUGCGGUUCUUUGAAGGAUACAGGAAGUUGGACAGAAUUGCUUUCAUAGUCUAA